GCCUGUACACCAACACCGCAACAUGGAAGCGACGCACAUAUUUGGCUGUGCGUCUGAGCCCCUGAGAGACGCGCUGUAAUGCUGGCGGCUAUGCGGAGGCUACCUACAGGGCAGCAGAAUCCAGAUAAAUUAGAUUAUUGGAUUGACUGCAACAGAUUAUAGCUCGCCCGCUUCCUCGAUGCUGCAUAAGAAAACAACAUCCAUCUAAUUAUAUUUCACGGGGAAUUUUUUAAAAACAAUAAGACUGGCAGCCAUGCUGACCAGCUUCGUGGAUGGUGUUUUUUGCUGCCUAACCGGAAAGUCAACCAACGUCAUAGUUCCCGUAGAAACCUCCGAACCCGCCGACGGCUUCGAGUUUGUGGAGGUGAAACCGGGUCGGGUCCUGCGAGUCCGACACAUCAUGCCUGACCGGCCUGUGGUGGAGGAGCCCACUGGGCAAGGUGGGAGUGUCAGCUGCAAGCGAAGGAUCACAGUGUACCGCAACGGGCAGCUGUUCAUUGAGAACCUGGGCGACAGGGCCAAGACAGAGCUGCCAAACUGCCAGAACGGAGAGACGGAGCCCAACUGCACGGUAGAGGUCGAACUGCCUGAGUGCAACAGCUCCUCACCACCCAUCAGCAUCCCUGAAGACAAGACCAACAGUGAUACAGCCGGAAGGGAUGGGGCAGCUGAAGCAGGAGCAGGGGAGGCUGCGGCGGCUACUGGAGAGGCUGACCAGUUGCAGCAACCCAAGAAGCGCAGGCGGAAGCCCAAGCGCACCGUGGUGAUCGACUGCGAGAGGAGGAUCUCGUGCUGUAAAGGGACGCACUCGGACGUGGCACUGUUCUUCAUCCACGGGGUGGGAGGCUCGCUGGAUAUCUGGGGAAACCAGUUGGACUUCUUUUCCCGGCUGGGUUAUGAGGUGAUCGCCCCUGAUCUGGCAGGUCAUGGGGCCAGCUCAGCACCACAGAUAGCUGCAGCGUACACUUUCUAUGCCCUGGCUGAGGACAUCCGACUCAUCUUCAAGAGAUACGCACGCAGGAGGAAUAUUCUCGUUGGACACUCUUAUGGAGUGUCGUUCUGUACAUUCCUGGCCCACGAGUAUCCAGACCAGGUCCACAAAAUGGUGAUGAUAAAUGGCGGAGGUCCCACAGCUCUGGAGCCCAGCCUCUGCUCCAUCUUCAAUCUGCCUACCUGUGUGCUUCACUGUCUCUCCCCGCUGCUGGCCUGGAGCUUUCUCAAGGCAGGCUUUGCUCGGCAGGGUGCCAAGGAGAAGCAGCUGCUCAAAGAGAACAAUGCCUUCAACGUGUCGUCUUUCGUGCUGCGUGCCAUGAUGAGCGGGCAGUACUGGCCUGAGGGGGACGAGGUCUACCAUGCUGAGCUCACAGUCCCCAUCCUGCUGGUGCAUGGCAUGUACGACAAAUUUGUCCCCAUCGAAGAGGACCAGCGCAUGGCAGAGAUCCUCCUGAUGGCCUUUUUGAAGGUCCUGGAUGACGGCAGCCACAUGAUCAUGAUGGAGUGUCCUGAGGCAGUGAACACACUCCUGCAUGAGUUCUUCCUCUGGGAGCCUGAGACCCAGCCAAAGAAAGAGUCCAAAGCUCGUCCAGAGACUGCCAAAGCCCGACCUGACACCACCAAGACCACCUGUGAAACUGCCAAGGUCCGACCUGCGACUGCCCAGCACAACUCCUCAAACUGCGGUUCACAGGCAGACAGCAAGACCAAAAAAUAACUCAAGAUGUUCUGCUAAAAUGUUUUGGUAAAAGCUCAAAGCUGAGGCUUCCAGUGGUUGUUACUGUGCACCAUGGCUAGCCAUGACCUUAUGUGUCCUGCUGAACUGAGCUGUUUGUACGGCUGUACCUGUACAGGGUGAAUAAAAUUAGCCAGUUCCUGUGAACUGGUUUGUGAACAGGUCCAUCUUACUGUUGGACCCGUGGAGGUGGGACACAGCGUCUGAGGGCGGAUUUUGACUCCAGACUCCAAACCUUGCCCUAGCGGCAGAGAUGAAGAAUGGAGGAAGAGGAGCUCCAAUGAUGUGGUGACACAUUGGAGAUGUUUGAUAUCCAUUCUGCAGCUUUAGGCUCCAGCACAGGAGACAUGGCUGUGCCUUGAGGUGGUGUGUGACUAAGGAAGGGCAAGCAGAGCAGGAGAUAGAAAUACAGUAACACGCAUUGUGUAUGGCAGUCGUCAUAAGAGCGGGAUCUGAAAUUUACAUCCACCAAGUGCCAAAUGUUGGUAAAGUUUGUCUUUGGUGGAUAAAUUAAUGUGUCACUGGCUACACUGUCAAUAUCAUGUGAAUAUCUAUAGACGGUCUUUGGUCUUUGCUGGUUCUCAUUCUGCUGACUCCCCGCUGACCAGCGACGCUGUGUGACCGCGAUCAAAGCAACGCAAAGAACAGAGAGCCAAACAAUGGCUCUGUACCAGACAGGUUCCUGAUUGGCUGCCUGUUACACUGCUUUAAACAAAGCAGUAGCAACACAUAGUAACUUCUAUAGUGUGUGUGUAUGUGUGUAGUUGACUUCUGUUGACCUUAAUGAUGAAAUACAAACUUGAACACAUACAGUAUAAAAUACUGUACACAAAAUAGCACCGAAAACAUGACAAUAGACAAUUUUCUGUAAAAGAAAGAAAGAAAAAAAAUGAUAUCAAUUAUUUUGUCUAGUAAAAAGUAUUCUUGGCACGCACAUUUUUUAAAAAAAGUUUACCAGCCUUUGGCAAAUGAGCCACAUUAACCUCAGGCACUGUUUAUGAGGUUCAAAGAUGAGAAGUAACUUGCUGAUUGUAGUUAUGUGACUACAGCAGCUGCUUGUGGUAUUCAGGAGUAAAAUAAGAAUAAAUAAAAAAAAAAAAAUAGUUUACAGUGUAGACAGUUGGGUGUUGAGUAACUGGGUUGUGAGUACUCAACCCUAAAGAUGGACGCAUGAUAAGGAAAUUCUCUAAAAGUAAAUUUUCUGCUUCCUACUAUCCAGGUCCAUGUUUGCUAAAUAAAGUGUGGCCUGGUUAAUUUAACAGUGCGGUCUAAUAAUCUGUGACCUUACAUGGACAGUAGGAGUAGAAAUGUAAAAAUCAAAUUUGCAUUAUCAUAAUCAUAAUGAAACAUCAUAUAGUAGUUCUGAAAGUUUCGAUUGAAGUGUAUCAGGUAAAUGCAAAAUCAGUAUUUUGUAGUCAAUAGAAACAACACAAGUGGAGCAUAUCCUACAUGUUGCAAUUGCUUUAUAUUGAUUUAUAUGCUGUUUUAUUCAUUUUCACAAAAAACAAACAUAUUAUUUUUUCUACGCACUGAAACCACGCUACUGGCAAGAGUAACAUUUGAAAAUAUUUAUAAAUAUUUAUUCAGUGAUCUGUUUAAGGUGUUUUUGCAACGUAAUGAUGUGCUGGUAGCAUCUUUGAUAGUUAAAAUGCCUGAUAUGACUGAAGCGACUGACAGUGACUGACAAUCAGAGCUGCUCGCUAUGUAGCUUUCAUGCAGUAUUAGACAGCACUUCUUAUAUAAGAGUCAUAUUUCGACUCUUGGUUGGUGGUUGCACUGCCUCCUGCAAGACGCACUAUGUUUACAGCUGUUUAAUAUAGUAAUCUUGUAAACCUUGGCUUGCUUUCUUUCCAGCGAGGCAACAAGUCUGUGCUUAGGAAGACGUAAGAAGCCCUUAUGAAGACCGGGAUUGCUCUGUAAAUGAUAUGCAUUUAUUUCCAUGCUGAAUGAUGAUUGUGUCCCCGGGGAAGUGAAGACAAGCGCUGAUAUAUUAAUACUUAUAAGAACUGUAUUUAGACACCUCUCUCUCUGUCUUUCUCUCGAGACUAAGUAUUGUUUUCUAAGUCUGGUGCACGAACAUGAGAGGCCAAGUGUCGUGUCUGAUAAGUGUCCUCAUACAUUGAUCGCAUCAAUGUAUCAAAAUACUCUGUAGCUUUACUGUUUAGCGCCUCAACAAUUUGCUAUGAACUCUUGUGGUGUAACUUUACUGGGCAGAUAGCCGGUUUUAGAAAGCUAUUAUGCCCCCUACAGUAUGACUGUUAUCCAGCAACUACAGUAGACUGUGUAUGUGUUUACAAUAGCUGCAAUAGUACAACCAUUUAAAACUCUCACAGUCCCUCAUGUAGAGAGAUCCCAUCUCCUGUGCAGUAGAACAAAGCAGUUUUCAUUAUUUUGUCACUGAUUCCACAGUAUUUGAUAGAGUUCAUAUAUAGAGUAUACUUUUUAUACUUCCUAUACGUGUAUUUGUGAUUGAUUAUUAUUAUUAUAGACCUCAGAGAAAUGUAUAGAUGCAGUUCUGAUAAGAGAAAUGCAACUGGUGAACUGAGUUGUGACUCACAAAGCUCACAUGUAUCCAGUUUAGUUGAUACACUUCAUGGAUGGUUUCCUCACAAGUCUCGAUUUUGAGGAAAAUGUCCACAUCACAUUUUCUGCACUUAUGUGUCUUAAAUUUUGUUACUGUGUUUGCCUUUGACAGUGACUCCAGAAAUGAACUCCUGACAUAAAAAUGUUACAUUUUAUCAAAAUAAAGUCUUAUGAAUUUUCAA